CCUAACGCCGGCCGACCGGUGAGCCCCGGCCGCACCUGGCUUGACCAGCGUGCUGGAGAGAUGGGUACAGGAGAUUGUGCGGGACAUGUCUUUGCGGCUGGAGCCAGAGGUCGAAAGGGGAGCGAUUUCUCUGGCUGGUUGGCUAAAGGAUAAAAGUGAGGACAUGCUGGAGCUCAUCUGGGAGCUGGAGGACGGGCCGGAUCCUCGGCUUGACGUCUGCAUCGAUUGGAGAAGGGCAGAUGGCAUCAUGUCUAUCUGCAAAACCCUAUUCAAAGAGGGCCGCGAUCUGUGUGCUCUUCUGGAAGACCGGUUGGAGGGCGAUAUUGAUGGUGAGGAGGCGCACGUGGCAUCAGAGCAUCCACAAAAGAUAUAACAGAGAAUCCAUAAUACAGCUGUCGUACCAUUCGUCACCUGUCGAGGGAUUCUCUUCGACCAAAUGAUGACAGAAGCCGCAGAACUAUAUAACAAGCAAUUUACAGUGUUAUACAGAGAGAAAAGAACUCCAUGAAAGUUCUUAAUAGUGGCCAACAACACUCUUCGGACAAACCGGUCCGCCUUCUCCUAUGCGUACUCCGCAUCACCUCUUGAGUACCUCACUUGAGCGAGCUAGGCGAGUUUGGUUGCUAGAUUUGCUACACUACCCGACCAUCUUUGCCCAUGUGAAAAUCCCAACCCACUUUCAUCAAAUGCCGCGUUGACAUCAACGAUGGUCAGCUGCACACGACAAUGUCAAUCUGUGUAUCCAAUUGCUUUCAUGCAAACUAUAUAUCAUGUGUAAAAAAGAAAAAGAAAAGAAAAAAAACUAUGUAUCAUGACUGUAUCAGGACUGUAGAUGAUCCUGUGCAAUAUCAAACCAAGAAGUUUGGACAUGAACUAGUCCGGUCUCCAAAUGCUUCGCCUAGCGCUGGCUAUGUUGACAUAACAUGGAUGGAUGAUUUAGGAGGAGGGGGGGAGAGGGGGGGAACUACUAUAUCGCUACUCGUCGACAAAUUUAUAGCUUGUUGAGGAGAUAACAGUGUUGCCUCCUUGCUCAUUCACUUAUAAAAGUGUGGUGAGGCUCACUCAUGGCCUGGCAUGAAAAGCAACGGCAGCCUUCCAAAAUAUGAGUCACUAAUCAACAUACUAUACUGGCACUAGUCCAAUCCAAAUUUGUAGCACAGACACACUCAUGGCAUGAAACUCCCCCACAGCCCUCGAGCAUCAAUGAUGUGGCUGAGGCAAGCUCGCACAUGGCGAGCUGCUAGACCUUUACCACACAAAAAGUCAAUCACCAUUCUCUCAGUUGGAGAGAUGAGGGCCAAUAGUCAAGACGCAGAAGCCUCCCUCUGCACACGCAUACUCCAAUUGUCAUUCUUCUCAUUACGUACUGCAGACGGCACACUCUCUUCAAAUUCAACAAAACCAGGGACAUCCCUCUCACAGGCUGCAAAACAUCGAGCAGUGUGAACUUGUGAAUACAACAUUUUGAAUGUGGGCACAGUUGCAUUUUCCAUA